AUGGUUUACCUAGACGUGAUCGACGAACCGAAUCAACCACCGGGCUUUCCCGAGGCCCAUUUCCCCAACCCACCCGUCCUCCGCAAACUCAUCCUCGUCGCCUCCAUAGCCGCCGCCCUCCAAUUCGGUUGGGCCCUCCAACUUGCCCUCCUCACUCCUUACUCCCAACUCCUCGGCAUGUCCCACAAAUGGGCCUCCCUCGUCUGGCUCUGUGGGCCCGUCUCGGGCCUGGUCGUCCAAGUCAUCGUCGGCCACUACUCCGACCGGUGCACCUCCUCCCUCGGCCGCCGCCGCCCCUUCAUCAUCUACGGCGCCGCCUCCCUCUCCAUCGGCUCUCUCCUCAUCGCCUUCGCCGCCGACCUCUCCGGGCCGGGUCCUGGACCAGGGCCGGCGGCCGGCGCCAUAUUCUUGGCUGGAUUUUGGAUGCUCGACAUCUCAAACAAUGUGAUCCAAGGCCCGACACGGGCCUUGCUCGCCGACAUCUCAUGCGGCGACAACACUGCCGUGACGCUCGGAAACGGGCUCUUCGCCUUCUUCAUGGCGGUCGGAAACGUGCUCGGUUACGCCGCCGGGGCCGCCGGCGGCCUCCACCACCACCUCCCGUUCGCGGCAGCGACCAACGCAUGCGACGAGAGUUGCGCGCACAUCAAGGCUUGCUUCGUUUUGCACGUCGGGAUCGUCGGGCUCGUCGCGGGCUCCGUGGUGGGCCUCGUCAAGGAGGAUCCGCUCGACCCAUUUUACCUCGACGAGCUCGCCGGAGAUGACUCCGAGCGGGCACCCUCGUUUUUUGCUCAGAUCGUGAUCGCGGCUCGGAGCACAUCGAGGCCGAUGUGGGUGUUGUAUGUGGUGACGGCGUUCAAUUGGGUUGGGAUUUUCCCGUUCUUGUUGUACGACACGGAUUGGAUGGGGAAGGAGGUGUACGGGGGGAGCGUGGGGGGGAGUGCGGGGGAGCGCAGCCUGUACGGGAUGGGGGUGAGGGCUGGGUCGAGAGGGCUGAUGCUGCACGUGGUCACGAUGGGGCUCGUGUCGUUGUUUUUGGAGCCGUUGAUAAGGGUUUUGGGGAAUGUGAAGCGGCUUUGGAGUCUCGGGAAUUCCAUGCUAACGGCUUGCAUGGCGCUCACGGUGGUAAUAUCGGCGGUGGCCAGCCACGCGCGCGGUGGUUCGGGCUUGCCGGAGGUGCUGGAGCCGCCACCGCCGGAGGUGAGGGCUUACUGUUACGGGCUCUUUGCGAUUUUCGGGAUUCCGCAGGCGGUGAGUGCUGAUUAA